CUCCUCCUCCUCCUCCUCUUCACCACCCUCCUCCUCCGCUCCAAUGCCGUACACUCCGCCGGCUGCGCUCUCGCAGACAGCGGCAUCGCCUGUCCUGCACCGUCCCCAGUCCCUCCAGCCGGCGCCCCAGGCCCAGCCGGAGAUGCUCCCGCCCGCGCUCCACCCGCAGAGUCCACCGUCGAGCGUGCUCUAUCUCCACGGCUUUCUCUCCAAGCGGCCGCCCGCGCCGAAGCUCAGCGAGAGCCGCGCCGAGUUCCUCACCGCAGACGGCCCCGAGAAGCCGCGGCAGGUCGAGCUGCCCUCGCAGCAGAACGGCGCGGGCGCGCUCUUCCCGUCCCACUCGAUGGUGGAUCUGCGCGAGUCGGAAUCAGCUUCGGUCUCGUCGGCCGUUAUUUCGGAGGCAGAGGUCGACUCUGACGACGAUCGCCCGCCGCGCAUGGUCCGCAAGAAGUCCGGCGAGCUCGUCAAGCCGUCGCUCAAAUCCAGGCGGCCGUCGUCCGUGCCCUCGACGCCGACGUUCCCGAAAAACGUCCACUUCGACACCCAUCUCGAACAUGUACGCCACUUCUUGCAGGCCGAGCGCCCCACCGCGGUCUCGAACCCAGGAUCGCCCGUGGACGAGACUGAGCUCUACUUUCCCCCCUGGCGGCCGGAGGACGAUUCGCCUGAGCCCGACCGCGUGCCCUCGCCGUUUUCCAUCUACGACUGGGAGAUCCUCCUGCCCAACUUCCCUUCCCGCUAUAUCCCGCCACUCGACUCCAUGGUCUUCACCGAGCGCGUCUUUCUCGCGCCCGACCAGCGCUCGCUCAUCGGCCACGUCGCCGUCCGCAACGUCGCGUUCUCGAAAUGGGUCGCCGUCAAGUUCACUGUCGAUUACUGGAAAACCGUGUCCGAGGUCGCCGCGGAUUUCAGCGAUCCUAUCGCGUCGGCGCUGCCGCAUCCGCCCGCGGGCUACGACCGGUUCACGUUCUCGAUCAAGCUCGGCGAUUUCUCAAAGCUCGAACAAAAGACUCUGUUUUUCUGCGUGCGGUACUCUGUCAAUGGCGCCGAGUACUGGGAUAACAACGGGGGCGCGAAUUUCCAGGUCAAGUUUCGGCGGAAGCACAAGCAGCAUCAGCCGGCACGGAUCUCGUUCGAGCGCCGGCUGUCGGAUUCCGAUAUCGACAUCCCGCUCUCGUUUCUGUCGUCGCCGUCGCCGGCGUUUUAUAAACCGCCCCCGCGGCCGGCGAUGCAGGAUUACUCGUUUGAGUCGUCAUACACGCUCCCUGUUGUCUCGCUAUCGUCCACCUCCGCAGGUCUGACGAGCAGCGACGGGGGCAGCAGUGCUAUUAACAGCAGCAGCAGCGGGGGCCCAAACACAAUGUCAAAGAUCAAGUCGACGUCGCGGUCGACUACGCCGCCGGAGAUCGUGCCACCGGCAGGCCGGCCGUUCACGUCGCGGUACGAUUUCCGGGCGUCGCUGAACGCGGUGCUGUCUGCGUCGUCAACCUCAUCCUCGUCAUCGACCACACAAAAUUCAUCAUCCAACCCAUCGUCAUCGUCGUCACAGGAGACUAUUGUGCCGACGCAGCGGCAGGCGCGAGCAACGUUUGCAUUCGGAGGAGGGCGGUUUAGAUCGGUGAACGCGUCGCUAGGCGCGGGAGAGAGUAAUAGCAACAGUUACAACAACAGCAAUAGCGAGACGCCGCCGCUGGAGGCGACGGGAUCGCCGACAAAGUACAUAUCAUCGUCAUCAUCAUCAUCAUCAUAUCCAUAUUCGUCUGGGAUCCUGGAGCCGACCGCGACGGCGGUGAAUAACGGCGGCAGUCGGGGGUUGACGUUUGGUCCGUCGUCGGAGGACUUGAAGCAUGUUAAUGAGCAGCUGGCUAGUUUACGGGUCGAUCGAGAGCGCAAUCGCAGGUCACAGCAGAGUCCGGCACAGAGCGAGCAGAGUGAGCAGAGCGAGCAGCAGCAGCAGAAGCAGCAGCAGUACUAUGAUCCGUCGCAGAUUGUGAAGGAGAAGCCGGCGAUCGACUCGACUUCGUACCAGGUGUUUUUGGAUAACUUUUGUUUUUUCCAAGGGCCACAGAAACCAGGAAAACAGUCGGCGUCGACAUCGCCGGUGGCUACUACACACUCGUCGUCAGUGACGUCGCCAGACAUGUCAGUAGCAGGAAUCCCCACCACAAGCACGAGUCUGUACGGACGCCUACCCGCCCCAAUUGACACAGCGAUCGAGGAAGGCGAUAUGAGGAGCAGCAGCAGCAGCAGCGCGGCGCGGUUCUACGUCGGACGAUCGCACUCGCCCUCACCGACGGAGAGCGAUUCGCCGUUCGAUUCGCCGGUGAAGAUGGUUGAGAAUGUGGAGGACGUUCGGACGACGACGACGACUGCGCAUAUCAAGUUCACGACGACGACGGCGGCAAGUAAUAAUGCAGCAGGGACUGCGACUGCUGCGUCGCGGAUCUAGGGAAGGGAAGAAGGGGGGUUUGCUAUACAAAAUUGUUUUCUUGUUUUUUGUGUUUGUUUGUUGAGUACAUCAUGUGUUGUAUAAAAGAAGGAAGUGUUUGGGCAGGAAAGGGCGCACAUGGUCGUUCAGGUUGUUUUACAUGAUAAU